UUAUAUGACACCUUUAAGGGCCCUUUUGGUUGAUGGUAUUGGGCCUGAUUCUUUUGUUUGGUUGGAAAAUAACAAUUUUGGAAAAGAAUUCCAUAGUAAUGCUAUUCCCCCAAACUAACGGAAUUGCUUUUCCAUUUUUCAUUUGGUGGAAUUAUAAUUCCAUUCCACCACUUUGGCAUAUCAACAAAUUAUCUCUCUUCUACUCCAGCCAUGGACCAAGCCCAACAAAUCCUAACCCUAGCAAAUUGAAGAUUAAUCUGCGUUGAUACCAUUGUUGUGACUGUCUUCUUCGAUCAUACUCACUCUGCAAAUUGGUGGUAGCGUUGCCAGAGAGCUUCUAAGGCUACCAGAGAGUCCUUCACCUUCCUCUUCGUGUUCUCGAGUUUGUUGUUCUUCUCGAGUUUGAAGCAUGGAGACUUCAAAAGGAAGAGGUCCAGGACAAAAUAAAAGAUUUUGGAGUGAAGAUGAAGACAAACACUUGAUCGAAUCACUUAUGGAGCUAAAUAAUGAAGGGAAGUUUAAAGCCGAAGGAAACUUCAAGCCAGAUCAUCUUAGAGCUAUUGAGAUGAAACUAAAAGAGCGAAUAUCAAUUCAGUUUUGUUUUUUUACUGUUGAAUGUCUUUAUUUUUCACUCAAGUUCAACAUUUCAAUUUUAGUUUUUAGUUUUACAUUAUUUUGAUUCCUUAUUUCAGCAUGGAGACUUCAAAAGGAAGAGGUCCAGGACAAAAUAAAAGAUUUUGGAGUGAAGAUGAAGACAAACACUUGAUUGAAUCACUUAUGGAGCUAAAUAAUGAAGGGAAGUUUAAAGCUAAAGGAAACUUCAAGCCAGAUCAUCUUAGAGCUAUUGAGAUGAAACUAAAAGAGCGAAUGCCUGGAUGUGACAUACAAGCUAAGCCACACAUUGAGUCUAGAAUGAAAACUUUGAAGACUCAUUUUCAAAUAGUACAUGAAAUGUUGACUGGACCUUUUUAUAGCGAGUUUGGAUGGGACAGUAAUAGAAAAACUGUAACUAUGAAAAAAUCAGUGUGGGAAGCAUACUUUUGUAUAUAUACUUUAGAGAUAUGUAAGGUAAAAGAUAGGUUAUGCAGUGAGACUUAUUAGUUUUUAUUUUGUAUACAUGCAGAGUCAUAAGGAAGCAGCCCCAUUCAAGAUUAAGUCAUUCCCUUGGUAUGACGACUUGUGUGCAAUUUUUGGCAUAGAUCGUGCAACUGGAAAACAUGCAGAGACUGUAAUAGAUGUUGUUGAAGAACUUGAAGCUGAAAAGGAAAACACUACACUUGGAGAAGAUGAUUUCAGCAAUGCUAAUAAUGUGGAUGAAGUGGAAUUUAUGUCUGUUUCAGAUGCAACAAGAGGUGCUCAAUCUCACACUAAAUCAGAUGGGUCUUCAAAGAAGAAAAGGAAAGCUGCAAAUCAUGAAGAACUUUCAAAUGCACUUACACAAUCAGCUUGUAUUAUCGCAGAGGUAAUUGAAAAAGCUUCAAUUCAUUUGAGUAAAGCUAUUGGUGAAGACUUGAAUGAAAAUCAUAUGCAGCUUGGGAAAGAGUUAGAAAGGACCACUACACUUACUACAACUCAACGUUAUAAGGUAGCUCGCAUGAUUAUGCAAGAUAAUGCUUUGUUUUCUUACUUUUUCAAUAUCCCAGAUGAUGAGAAGGAUGAAUGGGCGAGACUUCUUUUUGAUGCUCUCUUUAGUACACAGCUCGGGAAAGAGUUAGAAAAAUCAUGUUUAUUCACUUUGAUCUAAUAUAAUUUGCAAGACAAUUUAUAUUGCCUUUGACAUUCAGUAGUAUACAAAUUAUAAUCUUUUGAAUCUAGUAUAAUGUGUUAUGCUUAUAAUUUUGCAAACAAUUGUUUUGAGCAUAAAUAUGAGUAUUAGACAUGAAUACU